GAAGUGGCCAGAGCAGCACCGGAACUACCGAGACUAAGCGGAAGUGGCCAGAGCGAUGCCGGAACUACAGAGACUAAGCGGAAAUAGCCAGAGCGGCGCCAGAAACCAUCAAAACUAAGCGGAAGUGGCCAGACCGGUACCGGAACAACAACGACUGAGCGGAAGUUGCCAGAGCGGCGCCGGAAACCAUCGAGACUUAGCGGAAAAGACCAUAGCGGCGCCGGAAACCAUCGAGACCAAGCGGAAGUGCCCAUAGCGGCGCCGGUAACCAUGGAGACGGGGCCGCGCCGGAAGCGGAAGUGGCGAGAGGUGAAGGCGCGGUGAGGGCGGCCCGGGGGGUCCCGGAGGGGCUUUGGGGGUCCCGAGGGGUACCCGGGGGGCCCGUGGCCCUCGGCUCCCUCAGGCCAUGGCGGACCCGUCGCUGCUCUCGGCCGAGCUGGAGGCGGACGAGGAGGAGGAGGCGGCGCUGCGGCGGCUGCUGCUGCAGGUGACCCCGGACCGUGAGGAGGCGCCGAGCCCCGGCCCCGCCCGGGCGGUGACCCCGCAGUCGGGUCUGUGCGUCAAGACCCGCGCCGUGCGGGGGGGCCACAAGGUCUUCCUCAACGUUUGCCACUCGCCCGAGGUGCCCCCCCCGCCCCCCGUGCCCCCCCCGGGGCUGCAGCAGCUCCUGCGGGACCCCCCCGGCCCCGGGGGCUCCUUCCGCAUCCCCAUGAGCCUGGGGGAGCCCCACGCCGAGCUCGACCGAGGAGGGAGGGGCUGCACGGCCUACGACGUGGUGGUGAACUCGGGGUUCUUCAGGACCCUGCAGGCCGACCCCCUGUACCUGGAGUUCUUCCUGACUGUGGCCAUGGAGGGGCUCUCGGACAAGUACGGGGUGGAGCUGGAGCUCACCGGCUGGCGGGUGCUGCGGAACCGGCGCUUCCUGGGCUCCAUCUCGGCCCAGAACAUCCGGGCCCGGCCCCGGCCCCGCAUCCAGGAGCUGCCGGGAGCCCCCCCAGGGCCCCCCCAGUUCGUGGUGGUGGCCACGCCCUCGGCGCAGGAGCCGCAGGUGCUGCAGGCCCGGGUGCACCUGCCCCAGGUGGAGGGGGCGGGCUCUCUGUGGCUGGGGCUGAGCGAGGAGCGGCUGCUGCUGCUCCGCCCGCCGCCGCCAGGGGGCGCGGCCGCCGCCCCGGAGCCGCCGGGCCGCCAGGGGGCGCUGCUGGAGCUGGGGCUGCCCCUGGCGGCCGACCCCGCGCGGUGCCGCGCGCGCUUCCACCGCCGCUCCCAGGUUCUCACCGUGACGAUGCCGCUGCUGCGGGCGUGAGGGACCCCGGGACCCCCCCAGAGCCCCCCGGGACCCCCCAGGAUCAUCCGGGACCCUCCCAGGAUCGCCCGGGACCCCCCCAGGCUCAUCCAGGACCCCCCAGGACCCCCCAGGAUCAUCCGGGACCUUCCCAGGAUCACCCGGGACCCCCCAGGAUCAUCCAGGACCCCCCAGGACCCCCCAGGAUCAUCCGGGACCUUCCCAGGAUCACCCGGGACCCCCCAGGAUCAUCCAGGACCCCCCCCAGGAUCAUCCAUGACCCCCCAGGAUCGUCCGGGGCCCCCCCCAGGACCCUCAGACUUCUCUGGGUCAGGUCCUGAGCCCCCCCCGACUGCUCAGGGAUUCCCCUCAGGACCCCCUGACCUCCCCCCAGGUCCCUCUCCCCCCCCUCAGCCCCCCCC